GACCGCACGCGGAGGUCCAGUCCGGUCUCGCGGCUCGAUCGGCUUGUACACGCGGGGCUCUAGCUCUCCAUCGUCGCGAUUUACGUAUACUUAUACGCGAUUAUACAGUGCUCGUGUCCGCCAGUGCGCUUCAGUGAACAAAAAAAAAAAAAAAAAAAAAAUAAUGAGCGAGAGCUUGAAAGCUCGGCGUCGGCCGUUGAGGCAAGCCGAACCCAGGAGAUAGCGCUCGAGCGUACACCCCACCUUAUAAGACAGAAGAUCCACGCAGCUGUGCGCCGAUCAAACAAACCGAAGCGAAGACAGCGUCAUCGGCGAUCCAACGAGUCCGACGAAGACGGAACGAGCCUCAGCUGAUAGAGAGCUGCGCGCACGCACACAUCGCCGACGACGAGCGCGACUAAACGACAAGAAGCGCCACGGAGGCUUCUCUCUUCAUUAGUCAAGUGCGUUCGCGUGCUACGAACAGUUCGACUGCUACUCCCGAGUCAAUCGCUCUCGAUUCCAUUUUCUCAAGUCUCGUUAUUACGCGAUCCCGUACACACCGACUUUUUUCGUCUCUCACUCUCUCUACAAAACGACACGCUUGCCCGCGCGUAUUAUCACGCUUUUCGCUCGACAACGGUUCCUCGCGGCCCGAGGACUCAUUUCCGAGAGAGAGAGAGAAAGAGAACAGCUGCGUCGAGGAGUUUCGUGUCCGCUCUGCUUGCGUUAAAGCAGGGAAACUAUUGUACGGCCCGCGAGCAGACCCGUUACGGUCAGGUUUAAGGCCUCUAGGCUGGACAAAGUCUACACGACUAAGCUGGGCACGCUGGCGCAGUUUCACCGACAUGUGCAGUCUCCCCAUUCUUGCAGAGUAAAGCUGACAGAAAUCGGACCGUCGGAGCAGAAGCUGCCUCAGGUCGAUCCUGCACUGCUAGAUUUCCUGCGGCUUCCAGGGGACCGCAUCCUAAGCCAGCAGCGCACACGACAUGGUCGGUUUUCCGGCCUUGGCGAACGAAUCAACGCCAGGAGUACCGAGCGACAGCCAGGAGCCGGUCCAGAGAAGCGGCAACAUGUCGCCCGGCAAGAACGACGGCAUCGUCCUGACCUUGAACGGUCUCGACGACAAGUCCGUGGAAAGGACGAAACUGGACUUACCCACGGCCGAGAGCAUCAGGGCCGAGCCUGCCAUUGUCAAAAAAAUUGCAGCUGGCCUUAAGUCGUGCGGCGCUGCGAACGGAAACGCCCUCGGCAAGGAAGCAUCAAGCGGUAAACGUGCAGAGAUGGGCUCGUUGUCGAGCGGAAGCUCGAUCGUGACCAUCUGCUCGGUCACGAACUCGGAACCCGAUCCCGACUAUCCCACGGGCGGUGGUAUGGGCGGCGGCGACGGCGGCGAGGACCCUCCGAUCAAGAAGAAGAAGAGGAGACCCCUCAUCACCGAGGAGACCUGGUACAACACCGGACUGCAGAUCUCCGUGCCGUUCUUCAUCGCGGGAAUGGGCACCAUCGGUGCUGGUCUUGUUCUGGCCAUGGUUAAGGACUGGGAGGUGUUCGAGGAAGUCUCGCAGAUCUUCAUCCUCGUGCCGGCCCUGCUGGGCCUCAAGGGCAACCUGGACAUGUGCCUGGCCUCGAGGCUGAGCACCCAGGCGAACCUGGGCAACAUGAAGGGCUACCGCGAGAUCAUCAAGAUGAUAAUCGGUAACCUGGCCCUCGUCCAGGUCCAGGCGAUCGUCGCGGCGACUCUGGUCGCGCUGUUCGCCACGGCCGUCGGCGCCAUCAUGGACGGCAAGUUCUCCUGGGAGCACUCGCUCCUCAUGAUGGCCUCCAGCAUCUGCACCGCCACGAGCUCCUGCUUCAUCUUGGACUUCGCCAUGAUCGCGGUGAUAAUGGGCGCGCACCGAGCGCGCAUGAACCCGGACAAUCUGGCCACACCCCUGGCCGCCUCGAUCGGCGACAUCGUCUCCAUCAGCGUGCUGUCGGCCAUAGCCUCGGCGCUCUACAAGCGCCUCGAUCACGAGAUCUGGAUCCUGUACAGCAUAAUCGCCGUCUUCGUCAUCCUCCUGCCCAUCUGGAUCUGCAUCGUUCUCAAGAACAAGUACACGAAGCACGUGCUGACCUCCGGCUGGACGCCGGUCAUCUCCGCCCUCUUCAUCAGCGGUCUGGGCGGUCUCAUCCUGGAUCAAGCGGUGGACAGGCUGCAGGGCUUCGUCAUCUUCCAGCCGAUCAUCAACGGAAUCGGCGGCAACCUGGUAUCCGUGCAAGCCUCUAGAAUCUCGACGAUGUUGCAUCAGUCAACUCUCAUUGGAAUCCUGCCCCCGUGGACCAAGACGUGGGUCUCGCCUUGGAAGGCUCUCUUCCACGGAGAGCCGUCCGCGAAAACCGCGAGACUCCUCAUCAGCAUGUCGAUACCGGGCCACAUCGCCUUCUCCUUCGCCGCCGACUACAUCCAAUGGGGCAAAUCAACGAUACACAUUUACUUUGUGUUAUCUUAUUUGACUGUGGCCGUCCUACAGGUAAUGCUGUUGCUGUACGUCGCGCACAUUAUGAUCCACGUGAUGUGGAAGUACAAAAUCGACCCCGACAACUCGGCCAUCCCGUACUUGACCGCUCUGGGCGACCUGUCUGGUUCCUUGCUGCUGGCUGCGGCCUUCAUCUUCCUCAAAGAGAUCAACCACGAAUACCAAAGCUAAAUACAAUACGCGUAUACGUUCGUAUGCGAUUUAAGAAACAAAAUAAUAAUCAGCGUCUCUCGUCCGACAGUGUAAGAAAAAAAAAAACACGAAAAAUACUCCGAACCGAUAUUCUCAUUGCGAAUGAUAUUAAUGGUAUGUUCGGGACGAGAGCCGCUCCCUCCCUUUCUUUUUAACGGAUAUCAGUGUACAAACGAUUUUUGUCUGUUUGCCCGACGAUACGACGAGCCGAGAGAGAAUCUGAGAGAGUAUCGAUGCGCGCACGAGUCAUCAUGUACCGCUGUGUGAUAAAGCGCUCAGUGUAUGUACCGAAAUCGUCGCUGGUUAUCGAGAGACUAAGUAUACAGAAACGAUUAUUAUACCAGUACAAACGAGAGAAAGAUAAUACGCUAAAUAACGAUUCGGCGCAUAUACGCAAACGUUUCGCAGUUUUUGUUGUUGUCGUUGCUAUUGUUUCGCCGAGAAAUAACCGCGUGCGUAACAAUUUGUUGCUCGCGUUCCGAAAACACGCUCGUACUUUGCGAUGGAACGCCAGAUACUUUUUAACCCAAUUUUCUUUUUUAUGUUCUCAUGUAUUGUAUUGUACAGAUUGAAGAGAUGUUUUAACGCGUAGAUUUUCCAACGAAGCCUUGUUGAAAUUCCGACCCUUUGACUCGGUUGUGUAAUGGUCAUCGGUGAACAGCGUCUGAGAACGUCUCAUUAGCUUAAUUUUUAGCAAGAGUCAAAGGGUUAAUCCGAAGCAAUUGCGCAAUUAAACGUAGAGUACGAAGGACUAAUCAAAACUUGUUGAUAUGCAAGCCAAAUAGAGAAUACAUAGUAUACGCAUACAGCUUUCUAGCCUCGCGUAAGCUUAUUCAGUUACCUUUUAACCUUUGCUAUAUAAUUCUUUGUUAUCCGCGAGCGAAGAAUAGUGCGUUACGUAAAGAGAUGCGGCUUCGCUCGACGCUUUAACAGUGCGCUGCAGUCGUGUGUUAUAGUGUAUAGAGAUAUAUGUAACGAACUAUAUACCAUGCAUAAUUCAAUUCGCCGUUAUCGUGACGAGAACCCCUGAUGUUGUGUUUGUAAUGUUAUAGUUGUUAACGUUGAUUGAGUUUUGUAAAUAUAUAUAUAUAUAUAUAUAUAUACGUGAAAGAACGACAGUGUUUAACUUUUUUUUUUUAAAACAGCUGUUUCUUCAAACGGUUUCGCAAUGAUGUGUUUUACCGUUAGCUCAAUCUUGGUCGAUCGACGCCUUUGUAUAACUGUUUGCGCAAAAAGCAGCGAGUGUAUGUAUACUUGUGCUGGUAUCGUUACGCCGAACGACAACGUUUUUGCCAAAUAUAUAUAUAUGUAUAUAUAUAUAUAUAUAUAUAUAUAUAUAUAUAUAUAUAUAUAUAUAUAUAUAUAUAUAUAAUAGUAAUUAGUGUAAUAAUCGAGCUUAUUAAAAGUAUUAUUAUACGUAAUUAAUAUUAUACGUCGUCAAGGAAAUUCGUAUAGUAUUUUAGGGCUAAGCAGAACCGUCUCCCGAUUGUACAUUCUUUUUACGCAUACCAAAUGUUACAAAGUAACCAGAAACCUCGAAGCCAAUAACAAAAAAAAAAAACACACAGCCAACAAAAUGAGCGUAGAUCAGUAUUAUAUUGUUAACUCGUAUUUUAUACCGAAGCACACCUUGUGAAAAUAGUACACCCCCGCAAUAGAGCCGUUUACCAAAAAAAUCAAGAGGUCUUCCGUCAGAUUUGUACAUACACAAAGAAACAUCCGAAUAAUAAAACCAAAAUACUAUCUCAAA